UCAAAGGGCAUUUUCUUCAAUUCCCCACCAUAUCUUUCUUCACUCUCAAAAUACUUAGAAGAAAAGAAAUCCAGCUCAAAACUUUUAAAGCCAUUCCUCAUUUUUUAAUUAGUUCAUGCAAAGUUGCCAACCUUCAUCAUCUCUAGCAAUGGAGAUUGAGUCAGCAAAUCAAGAGAAGGCUAGGUCUUUCACUAGAGGAUGGGAUUGGCUCAAAGCCUUCCCUUGUAAAUCCAAGGACAAGGUGAUUAGAUUUGCAAAGAGCAUAAGAAAGCUUGGACAUGAUGAUCCAAGAAGAGUCAUUCAUUCCCUCAAAGUGGCACUUGCUCUCACAUUGGUGUCCUUAUUAUAUUAUUGUAGGACUCUCUAUGAUGGUUUUGGGGUUGCGGGAAUGUGGGCUGUGCUCACAGUGGUUGUAGUCUUUGAAUUCACUGUAGGUGGUACCUUAAGCAAGAGUUUGAAUAGAAGUUUUGCAACAUUUCUAGCUGGUGCAUUAGGGGUUGGAGCUCAACACUUGGCAAGGCUCUUUGGAAAGAAAGGAGAGCCUAUAGUUCUUGGAUUCCUUGUUUUCCUCUUAGCUGCAGCAUCUACAUUCACUCGAUUCUUCCCAAGAAUCAAGGCAAGAUAUGACUAUGGAGUCUUGAUAUUCAUAUUAACAUUCAGUAUGGUUUCAGUAUCCGGUGUUCGAGUAGUAGAGCUCUUAGACAUGGCUCAUCAAAGACUAUCAACAAUAAUAAUAGGUGGAGCAACCUGCAUAGUUGUCUCCAUGUGUAUCUGUCCAGUUUGGGCUGGUGAAGAUCUUCAUAACUUGGUUACCUCCAAUAUAGAAAAGCUUGCAAGCUACCUUGUAGGUUUUGGAGAUGAAUAUUUUCGAUAUAAAUCUGAAGAUGAUGAAGAAGGAAAGAUUAAGGUCUCCAAUAGCGACAAGCCAUUUCUUCAAGGAUAUAGAAGUGUCCUUAAUUCAAAAUCCACAGAAGAUUCCAUGGCAAAUCUUGCAAGAUGGGAGCCUAGACAUGGCCGUUUCGGCUUCCGGCAUCCAUGGAAGCAAUACUUGAAGAUUGGAGCCAUCUCAAGACAAUGUGCUUACCAUAUUGAAGCUCUUAAUAGCUACAUCAACUCUAACAUCCAAGUAUCAGAAGAAUUCCAGAGUAAAAUCCAAGAACCAUGCACAAAGAUGAGUGAAGAAUCAGGCAAGGCACUAAGAUCACUAGCUUCAGCAAUCAAAACAAUGGAAGAUCCCUCCUCUGCAAAAAUCCAUGUGGAGAACUCCAAAACUGCCAUUAAUGAACUCAAAUUUGCAGUGAAAGCUAACCCAUUAGAGAAAACAAACCUCCUAGAUAUCGUGCCUGCUGCAACAGUUGCAUCCACAUUAAUAGAGAUCGUAAAGUGUGUGGAAAAACUUUCUGAAGCAGUGCAUGAACUUGCAGACCUAGCACAUUUCAAGCCUGCGAUGGAACCUACUGUGUCACCGGAGAAACCCCAGCCAUUGCUUCACCGAGGAACUGUAAACCCAGUUCUUCAUGGUGAAAAUAAUAAUCAUAUUAUUAUAACAAUAGAUGCAAACCCUACAGAUUCCCCAGAAACCGAGAAGUCUGAAGCACCAAAGCCAAGCCAGCGGCAAGAUUUAGUAGUGUAAAUAUCAAUAUAGUUGAGUGUUCUGCAAACUGAUCUCUUGUGAGGAAAUAAUCAUUAAUGAAAAUUUCCCCCACUAGUUCCAUGCUUUGCUUGUAAGAAAUUUACAUUUUUAAGGGAAGGAGAGAAGUUCUCUCUCUUGAUAA